AUGUUUGAUCACUUCAUGAGGAUGCUUGACUCUAGAAGCUCAAGGAUGGGACCUACGCGUUCUUUGAAGUCAGUUCACGCUGACUACAUUGGCGGUAUCAAUGCCAACUUCCGCAAGUGGUUCUUUGCUGCUGGUACAGAUUAUGACCAUUCUGUGGGCUUUGCAAACGUCAAAGUGAUCGAAAAGUCCAAGGAAAAGGCAAGCAUGAAAAGCCCUCACGAAGCAGAGGAAAAGUGGUCUUAUUCACUCAGCCGUUUGCCAGCAGUCGAUAUGGUGGUACAUGUUGCAAUCUACCUUCUUGCUUGGGGAGAAGCUGGAAACCUUAGAUUCAUGCCUGAGUGUAUGUGUUUCAUAUUCAAGUGUUGCUGUGACUUCUAUUCGGGACUCGACCCAGAUGAGCCUGUUAAGAACGCCACUCCCAGUUUCCUUGACCAUGCCAUCAAGCCUCUUUACACUUACUAUAAAGAUCAAUUGUUCAAGAAGGUAGAUGGCCGGUUGGUGAGAGUGGACAAGGAUCACAAGAGUAUCAUUGGGUAUGAUGAUAUGAAUCAGUUGUUCUGGUACAAGGAAGGAUUGAACAGAAUUGUCCUUGAUGAUGAGAGGAAGAUUCUUGAUAUUGGUGCUGAGCAUCGGUAUAUGUAUCUUAACCAAGUGGUGUGGAAGAAAGCUUUCUUCAAAACUUUCAAGGAAACUAGAAGCUGGUCUCAUGUGUUUUGCAACUUCAACCGGAUUUGGAUAAUUCAUGUUAGUAUGUUCUGGUAUUAUACUUCCUUCAAUGCUCCUACCUUUUACACAUACCGGUACAAUCCUUCCUUGGAUAACCAGCCUACGGUUCAGGCGAGAUUGACGGUCAUGGCACUUGCCGGUGCAAUCUCUGCAUUCAUUUGUUUGGUUUCCAUUUUGUUUGAAUGGUCCUUCAUUCCUAGAAAAUACGAAGGUGCUGAACCAGUGGGAAAGAGAUUGGUGAUGUUGUUUCUUCUUACUACUCUUAAUGUUGCACCUUCAGUCUAUUUAUUGGUUUUCACUCCUUUGAACCUGAAGUCCACCACUGGAAUAUUGAUAGCUGUCAUUCACUUUUCUAUUUCAGUUGUGACUGUUCUUUAUUUAAUGAUUGUGCCCUUAGGAAAGUUGUUCUCGGCAUCAAUGGGUCAAGGAAGAAAAUAUCUUGCAAAUGAUUACUUCAUUCAAAGCUUUCAUAGGCUAAGGGGAACUGAACAAGCGGCUUCGAUUGGCCUCUGGCUUGCUGUCUUCAUUUGUAAGUUCAUUGAAUCAUACUUCUUCCUCACUCUUUCAUUGAAAGACCCUAUGAGGGAAUUAAGCAUAAUGCAAAUGUCUAGAUGUGCUGGAGAUAUUUGGAUUGGUAAAUCUUUAUGCGCAGUCCAACCCAUGAUUGUACUAUCAUUGAUCCUAUUGACAGACUUGGUACUUUUCUUCUUGGAUACAUAUCUUUGGUUCAUCGUCUGUAACACAUUUUUUUCCGUGUUUCGAUCCUUUUAUAUUGGAAUUUCGGUUUGGACUCCUUGGAGAAAUAUCUUUUCAAGAUUACCAAAGCGUAUUUUCUCGAAGAUCAUUUUUGCACCCACUGAUGGAACUGUUAAAGGAAAGUAUUUGACAUCUCAGGUAUGGAACUCAAUUGUCAUUUCAAUGUACAGAGAGCACUUGUUGUCUAUUGAACAUGUGCAGAAAUUGAUUUAUAAACAGAUUGCUACCUCAACUAGUGUUGAGGACUCUAUGUUGAAGGAGCCAUCGUUUUUUGUGUCUCAAGAGGAUAUGUCAAUGAAGUCAACUUUGUUCUAUGGACAAUCAGAAGCCCAAAGGAGAAUAACCUUCUUUGCCCAGUCGUUGUCGACACCAAUGAGAGAAAUUGGUCCUACGGGAUCGAUGCCUUCGUUCACAGUUUUGGUUCCCCACUAUAAAGAGAAGAUUACUUUAUCUCUUCGUGAGAUCAUUAGGGAAGAGCAACAGUACUCCAACAUCACUAUGUUAGAGUACUUGAAAAAGCUACACCCUUUAGAAUGGUCCUGUUUUAUUAAAGAUACGAGACUUCUUGCUGAAGAAUUUGACACAGAUGACUCCUCAGCUACAAGGAUUGACGAAAAAACUGAUAACCAUUACUAUUCGGUGGGUUUUAAAGUAGCCACACCAGAGUAUAUCCUAAGAACUCGAAUUUGGGCAUCUCUUAGAACUCAGACCUUGUACCGUACAGUGUCUGGAUUCAUGAAUUAUUCAAGGGGAAUCAAAUUGUUGUUCGAUGUUGAGACCCCAGAUGAUGACUUCAUUGACGAUGCCGAGAAGCUCAGAGAGGCGUCGGCAAUGGCAAUCAGAAAGUUUAGAAUGAUUGUUUCAAUGCAACGGUUUAUCGAAUUUGAUGUUGACGAAAUUGAAAAUACUGAAUUCUUGUUGAGAGCUUAUCCUGAGUUGGAAAUCGCCUACUUGAGAGAGGAAGAGGAUCCUACAACUCAUGAAACACUUUAUUUUUCUGUUUUGAUUGACGGAAGCAGUCCCAUAAUGCCCAGUGGCUUUAGAAAGCCCAAGUACAAGAUUCAAUUACCAGGAAAUCCUAUUUUAGGAGAUGGUAAAUCUGACAACCAGAACCAUGCAAUUAUUUUCUGUAGAGGAGAGUAUAUUCAGUUGGUAGAUGCUAAUCAAGAUAAUUACUUAGAAGAAUGUCUUAAAAUCAGAAGUGUCCUCGAGGAGUUUGAAGAACAUUCACCACCAUUAGAUCCCUAUUCUACACAAUUGAAAACAAGCGGUUAUGCUAAUCCUGUUGCAAUUAUUGGGACAAGAGAAUAUAUAUUUUCUGAGAACAUUGGUGUAUUGGGUGAUGUGGCUGCUGGUAAAGAGCAGACCUUUGGAACACUUUUCGCCAGAACACUUGCUCAUAUUGGUGGGAAAUUGCAUUAUGGUCACCCUGACUUCUUGAAUGCCAUCUUCAUGAAUACUAGAGGAGGUGUCUCUAAGGCCCAGAAAGGUUUGCACUUGAAUGAAGAUGUCUAUGCUGGUAUGAAUGUCUUGUGUAGAGGAGGACGUAUCAAGCAUUGUGAGUAUAUUCAAUGUGGAAAAGGCCGUGACCUUGGGUUUGGUUCAAUUUUGAACUUUACUACAAAAAUUGGUGCUGGUAUGGGAGAGCAGAUGUUAUCGAGGGAGCAUUUCUAUUUGAGUACAAGAUUACCCUUAGACCGGUUCUUGUCUUAUUAUUAUGCUCAUCCUGGGUUUCACUUGAAUAAUGCUUUCAUCAUUUUGUCAAUCAAAUUGUUCUUGAUAGUUGGAGUUAAUAUUGCAGCCUUGACUCGUGAAAGUACUAUAUGCGAGUAUGACAAAAAUGUCCCCAUUAGAGAUCCUCAUCGUCCUGUUGGAUGUUACAACUUGAUUCCAGCUGUUCAUUGGUUAGAGCGCUCGAUUCUAUCAAUCUAUGUGGUCUUUGCAAUCUCUUUCCUUCCUUUAUUCAUACAAGAGUUGAUGGAAAGAGGCUUCUAUAAAUCCUUCCUGAGACUUGGAAAGCACUUCUUGUGCUUAUCACCAUUAUUUGAAGUGUUUGUCUGUCGAGUUUACGCAGAGUCCUUAAUUACUGAUAUGUUUAUUGGAGGUGCCAGAUACAUUGCCACUGGAAGAGGUUUUGCAACAACUAGGCAACCAUUCGCAGUUCUAUACUCACGAUUUGCAUUUGCCAGUCUUUAUUUUGGAGCAGUCUCGUUCCUAUUGAUAUUGUAUACUUCCAUUACCAUGUGGAAAAUUCCUUUGCUUUACUUUUGGAUCACUAUUGUUGGCCUUUUGUUAUGUCCAUGGAUUUAUAACCCAAAUCAAUUCAGUUUCAACGAAUUUUUCCUCGAUUACAGGAACUAUUUAAAGUGGCUAUCCAAAGGUAAUAACAGCAGCAGAGAAAUUUCAUGGAUACAAUAUGUUAGGUUAAACCGAAGCCGAAUCACUGGCAUUAAAACCUCAAAAAAGAGUUUCGAAGGAUUCGACUUAAAACUUGUCAAUGAUGUAAAACCUUCCAAGUAUAAUACUGUUAUUACUUCCACUUUACUUCAAUGGAUUGAAAUCAGUUUUGUGGGAAUCGCUUAUUUGUUCUCAAACACCUUGAAUGAUACUCGGUAUUCCAAUCCCACACCUGCCCUUAUGAGACUCACUAUAGUAACAUUAGCACCAAUUGGUGUCAAUAUUGUUAUUCUCCUUGUGUUUUCCCUUGUGUCGGUAUUCUUAGGACCUUUACUUUCUUUAUGUUGUUCCAAGUUCCCAGCAAUGGUUGCACUUACUGUUCACUCUUUAGCAAUCAUCAAUCAUCUUGCCUUUUUUGAAUUGUUUUGGUUUAUGCAAAACCUAGAUUUCUCAAGAACUGUGUUGGGAUUGGCAACUUGUGUACUUAUACAGAGAUGGAUCUUCAGAACCUUCAUUAGUUGCUUUGUCUCAAGAGAAUAUAUCCAUGACAAGGCCAAUAUGACUUGGUGGUCUGGAAAAUGGUUUACUUCUGGGCUUGGGUGGAACAUGUUCUCGCAACCAUUCCGUGAGUUCAUUUGUAAGCUCACUGAGAUGAGCUAUUUUGCCGUUGAUGUGUGUAUGGGCCAUUGUCUUCUUUUUGCUCAAUUUCCAUUGUUGUUCGUUCCCUAUAUUGACAAGUGGCACAUGAUGUUGCUCUUCUGGCUCAAGCCAACUAAUCAGUUGCGUCCAAGAUUGUUCUCCAAGAAACAGAAGAGAAGAAUAAGGAGAACUGUCAAUCUAUACUUCGUUGUUUUUGUGAUGAUACUUGUGCUUAUGGCCAGUCUUAUUGUGGUUCCAAUAGUUGCAACCAGAUACUUUGAAUUGGAAUUCUCUGACUAUGCUCCUCAAUUCAUUCAGGAUUUGAUCCAACCAGAAACACCCUUUCUCCAAAGAAAAGGUCUCCACAAAGGCUUAGUGCGUAACUGAGCUAUACAAGCAUCAGUUAGAUUAGUUCCUGAU